CCCCUCUCUCUCUCUUGCCUGAUUUCCUGGCGGCUGCUUCCCAUUUUGUCAGUCUCUCUCUAGAAAAGAUGUUUCUGGUUUUGGAAGAUCCAAACCUUGUAGGCUUUCGGUGCUUAAAUUCAUUCACACACUGCACUAGGGUUAGCUAGAUUACACAAUUACAUUCACAAAUGUCAAUAAUACUAACAAAUAUUAAUAUUAAUAUGUCUGAUUCUGAUACACAAAACUUUUCUUGUUUUUGCACUGGCGAAAAAGCAAAAGUCGAUGCUCCUUCCCUCACCAACACAAUUAUCAUCGUCAUCCCUUUUUGACCCAAAUCUUAUUUCUCAAUCUCUCUCUCUCUCUCUCUCUUUCUCUCUCUAUAAAUUAGGUUACUCUUCACUUGCCAUUUGGUUAAUUUUCAAUCUUUGGAUCUUCGCCGGCUUCAAUGGCGGUCGACGUCUGCUCGGAGAUUUCCAGCCCGAGAAUCUCCUUCUCACACGAUCUCAAUGAAUUGGACUUCGUCCCUGUCGUCGAAUCGGGUUCUUCGCUUUUCGAUUUCGACUUCGAUUUCUGCGCCGGCGGCCGGACUUUGCCGCAGGAGAUCUCGCCGGCCGACGAGCUCUUCGCCGACGGUAAAAUCCUGCCGGUCCAGAUCAGGGAAAUCCAACCCGCCCUGACCGGACCCGAACCCGAUAUUCAGACCCGGAACCCGGAACCGAAACCCAAACCCGACGCCGCGAACAAGAAGCGAUUGAUUGAAUUCCUCUCCUCCAACUUCGACGACGGCGACGGCGACGAUCGGGAGAAAUCUCCGGCGAAGCCGUUCUGGCAGUUCCGGCGGAGCAGCAGCGACAACAGCCGCGCGAACGGGCUUUUCCGAUCUCUGCAAUUCCUGACGCGGAGCAACUCCACGGGCUCGGUCCCCACCCCGAAGGCGGCGCCUGCGUUCCCGAAAGGUAUGCAGAAGCAGCAUUCGCUGAAGGAGACGACGACGGUGGCGGCGGCGAUUAGCCGCCGGCCGAAUUCAUCCUCUCCGGCGGCGAUCACUCAUCCCUACCAUCCUUACAGCAGCGCCAAUUCCUCGAAAAAACCUUCUCUGAGGAAAAGCAGCAGCAGCAGAUCGUACGGAUCCGGCGCCGGCGUACGGAUCAACCCGGUUUUGAACAUCCCUCCGUCGUACAUUGCCAAAGGUACUGUAAGCUUAUUCGGGUUCGGGUCGUUUUUCUGCAGCAAGAAAUCCAAGAAGAAGAGAAAAUGAUGAUUCCUUGAACAUUUGUGAUUUUAUAUAUUUUUUUUAAAAUUUUUGUACAGUUCACAUUUUUGCUUCGAUGGAUUAUCAAUCCACUGUCUUCUUCGAUCUUCUUCUUCUCCGAAUUACUGAUAAAAAGUUCUUUGCAUGCUUCAGCAGAUAACUAAUGAACAAUUAAAAGUAAAUUAAAGUUCCAUAGUUUUAAGAGUCCAGGAUCUCGACUCCUGGUAAAUCUGUACCACUAAUAUGUGUAGAUUUCCGGCCGUGUGUCAGGAUCCCAGGACCUUCUAAAAAUCCUCACUUUUGAUGGGCCGUGUCUGUCAUGGUUUUCUUGCAUUUUGAUCCUUCGGGAUUCAAUAAAUGAUA